AUGACUUCCCAACAAGUUGCCCUAUAUGUGUCCUGCAGGGAUUUACCGACUGAUGCUUUCUCCGGAGUUAGAGUAGCAGUUUUUGCUUGUCCUGAAGGAGUUUUAAUUAUUGAAAAACUUUACUCGCUUCAGAUCGGUCAGACGGAGACAGUUGUUGGGAAUAUAAAUCCCGUUUUUAGCAGAAGUACAUCAAUAAUUUUUCGGUUCGAAUUCCCUCAAAAAAUACGAUUUGUUCUAUAUCGUGUGAAUGGGAAGUCAGAAACGCUCUUAGAUACAAUAGCGGCAGUCGAAUGCUCCUUAGGAGAGGUACUGUCUCGAGGUGGUAUUACUGAAUUACCUCUUUUUCCUGAGCAGGGUAAUGAUACGACUUUGCUUUGCCUAGAAGUUAGGGCCGCAGAAUAUUGUAACGAUGCAUUACGCCUACAGUUUUGUGGCCACCAUUUGCACUCACCAUCUGAUGCGUAUCCACUCUCAGCUUAUUUUGUUAUGCUAUUAAUCGAUGAAGGCUCUCAACGCCUUCUUUACAAGAGUGAGCACAUAGCCGAAAAGAAUCCUGUCUGGCGAAGCUUCAUUGUUCUUGCAUCUCAUUUUGCGACUGCAACUACACCGGCUGCUCCAAUCGAGAUAGUCGUUUAUAACAAUAACACAAAUGCACCAGACACCAUAAUUGGACAAUUUACCACCAACUUGGAUCGGCUGUUACGUGGGAUUGGAGCUAUAAACACAUACAGAGUGCUGAAGUCUAAACGUAAGAAAGACGACAUUUCUUCGGUUGAGUUAAUGAAUGCAAUUCAAGUCACUUCCUGUUCGUUCCUUGACUUCCUCAAAGCUGGAACUGAACUACACUUUUCGGUUGCUGUAGAUUUUACCGCUUCAAAUGGCAACCCAUUGGAACCUACAUCUUUACAUUACAUUCAUCCUCACAACCCAAACUGUUACAUGACUGCACUGAGGACUGUCUCAAGUUUGAUAGAAAAGUAUAACAGACACGGAAAGAUCGCUGCGUUCGGAUUUGGCGCCCAAGUUCCUCCUAAUUACGAGCUUUCUCAUCUUUUUUUUCUGAAUGGUGAAAGAGAUCCCCACGUGCAAGGUGUUGAUGGUCUUUUGUCAGCUUAUCGUUCUGCUUUAUUCGGCAUAAGACCAUAUGGUCCCACUGAUUUUUCGGAAGUUAUUUAUCACGUUUACAAGUUUGGUGCGGCUGUUAACCGGCUGGGAGGUAGUGAACAAUAUUUUAUACUUUUAAUUGUGACAGACGGUUGUGUCACUAACCCACAAAAAACUUUGGAUGCGAUUGUUAAAUGUUCAUUUCUUCCAGUAUCUAUUAUUAUUUUGGGUGUUGGUCAAAGGGAUUAUUCUCCAAUGCAAAAAUUGUUGUCAUGUUCAUUGAAAUCGUCAGACGGUGAGGCGUUGCAGCGUGACGUUGUUACUUUCGCACAUUUCACGGAGAAUAUGACAGAGAGCGAACUUCUUGCAAAACUCUUAGAAAAUGUGCCAAGACAAUUCAUUUGUUGGGCGAAUCUGAGCGGUAAAUUUCCAGGAGAAAAAGCGAAACUUUAA